AUGGCUUUGUUUCUGCACUGGCAGAACUUUGUUGUGGCGGUUGGUGCGGAGGGCUGGUUUCACCUGUUUGAUAUCAGCGCUGCUGCAGCCAAAUCAGACUCCUCAAGUCAGCAGGACGGUUCGAUCGGGAACGAGCAGAAGCCCAGUUACACCCAGCACAUCCCCGCCAAUACCAAAAGCAGAACUGGCUUUUGGAAUAACUCCGCUUGUGUAUGUCCUUCCAGAGACGUUGUCCUUCAUCUUACCACCGGACGCAUCCAUAACAAGAAUGUGUCCACUCAUUUGAUAGGCAGCAUUUGCAGAGGUUCUAAGGAUGAUUCGUCUAAAGGUGGCUUGUUUGCUCUUUGCACACUAGACGGAACGCUGAAGCUCAUGGACAGCUCUGAGAAGCUCUUGUGGUCUGUGCAAGUGGACCACCAGCUUUUUGCCCUCCAGAAGCUGGAUGUCACUUGUGAUGGGAGAGAGGAAGUGGUGGCCUGUGCCUGGGACGGCCAAACUUACAUAAUCGAUCAUGCACGUAUGGUGGUCCGCUUCCAGUUUGAUGAAAAUGUGAACGCAUUCUGUGCCGGCCAGUAUGCUUGUAAAGAUGGAAGGAACAGCCCUUGCCUGGUCUACGUGAGCUUUAACCAUAAGAUCUAUGUGUACUGGAGAGUGGAGCUGGAGAGGAUGGAGCCCACCAACCUGCUGAGUGUGCUGGAAGAGAGACCCGAGUAUCCAGACCUGCUUCACAGACUGGGAGUGGAUAUCAGUGACACAGUAGCGGUUCGGAAACUCAUUGGAGACGUGCUCUAUGGGAACAUAGCGAAAGACGACAGAAUGAAUCACGACUCAUGAACACGACUCUUAAUUUCUGUAAAUAGACUUUUAAUAAAAUUAC